AAGCCAAAGUGGCUGGUGGAAGGGCAGGCGUUCAAGCCGGCGCGGUGGCCAAGCGCACAAGCUCCAGCCGAGCCCGGGGGCUGGUGGCGGGAGCUUGUGGACUCCCGAGCAUGUGUCUGCGCCAUCCCGUGGGUGUGGCGCAGAGCGGAGUGUCAACGCCGGCAGGGCGGGAGGAGCGAGCCGGGGAUUACAGGCAGUCAGGCUGCCCGGCAGAGGAGUGAGAAAGGCUCCGGCGGCCAAGGCAGCAGCAGCAGCAGCAGCCGCAGCAUGGCUUCAUCCCAAGGGAAGAGUGAGCUGCCAUCCGCAGACUGGAUGGCAACUUUGCCAGAAAGCAUCCACAGCCUCCCCCUCACCAACCUAGCCAUCCCAGGGUCUCAUGACUCCUUUAGCUUCUACAUCGACGAAGCCUCUCCAGUUGGACCUGAACAACCAGAAACUGUCCAGAAUUUUGUCUCCGUAUUUGGGACUGUGGCUAAAAAGUUGAUGAGAAAGUGGUUGGCAACACAGACGAUGAACUUUACUAGCCAGCUGGGUGCAGGUAUACGAUAUUUUGAUCUCAGAAUUUCCACUAAACCCAGAGACCCUGACAAUGAACUUUACUUUGCUCAUGGGUUAUUUAGUGCCAAAGUCAAUGAGGGCCUUGAAGAGAUCAAUGCAUUUCUGACUGACCACCAUAAAGAAGUGGUCUUCUUGGACUUCAAUCAUUUCUAUGGGAUGCAGAAAUAUCAUCAUGAGAACCUGGUCCAAAUGCUCAAAGGCACGUUUGGGAAUAAAAUGUGCCCGGCUAUAUUUGCCCAAGAAGUAAGUCUCCAGUACCUGUGGGAGAAGGAUUACCAAGUGUUGGUAUUUUAUCAUAGUCCAGUGGCUCUUGAGGUACCAUUUCUUUGGCCAGGGCAGAUGAUGCCAGCUCCUUGGGCAAACACAACAGACCCAGAAAAACUGAUUCAGUUUCUUCAGGCAUCAAUCAUUGAGAGAAGAAAGAAGGGCUCCUUUUUUAUAUCUCAAGUGGUGCUGACCCCCAAAGCUAGUACUGUGGUUAAGGGUGUUACUAGUGGACUCAGAGAAACAAUCACAGAAAGGGCUCUUCCCGCAAUGAUGCAUUGGGUCCGAACUCAGAAACCAGGAGAAAGUGGUAUCAAUAUUAUCACUGCUGAUUUUGUAGAACUUGGUGACUUUAUCAGCACUGUCAUAAAACUCAACUAUAUCCUGGAUGAAGGCGAAGCUGAUACUACUUGAUACUACUGCAAUAUAUUUGUUGUUCAUUGAGUAGAUUUAAAAGGAAAACCCAAUUGUAUUAGAAAAAAAUAUCUUGUAACACACAGAUCUUCCUAUAACACUGAAUCUCUGAGGUGUUUAGGGCUGUAGUGGGUGGGCAAAGGGAAAUGUUUUCAUUGGUUAUAAUAAUUUUCUACGUUAAUAAACCCUCAUGUUUUUCGUUUGAAAAGCAAAACAGGAUUUCUUUAGUGGUCAACUAGAGAAAGCCACUUGCACAUUUUCCACAAAGUACCAAAUAUAAUUUUUGUGUCUUACUUCUAAGGUUAUGAAUAGUGCCAAGCAAUUUGCUUUAUGCAGAUUGGAGGGACAUAUAAUGCCCUCUGUCUGCACAGGGAAUUCCCACUGACAUGAAUGUUUUGCUGCAGACUGAGGGCACUAUAUGACCCUAAUGUUUCAAUUCAACGCACUUCAUCUGUUAGGUGGCAUAACUGGUUGCAUUCAUUGGCAGUCAUCAGUUUAUUGGCAUUUGGGGAAUAAAUUCAAUAUAAAGUCAUGCUUGCAAUUCUUGUAUCGUCAGCAGAUGGCAAAUAUUGAGAACCAUAUUCUGUAGCCUGUGCAGAAUAUGGGCCAAAUCCUGAUCACCUUGUUCACCUGGGGUAGGAUUGUCAGAAGUGCUGUGCACUUGCUGAAGUCAAAAAAGUAUGCAGCAUUGGCCUAACUCGAAUCCCAUCAAAGCCCGUGGGAGUUUUACCAUGGACUUCAGUAGGAGCAGAGUUACGGCAAUGUUGAGCACUUUUAAAAAUCCCUCCCGUGAGAAGUCCCAUUUACAGAUCUGAUGCAAAGCCCAUUGAAGUCAACAGGAGGCUUUCCAUUCAUCGGCUUUGGACUAGGCCCUAAUUCAGUAGAAUUACUCAUCUGAGUAGGAUGAGCAGGAUUUGAUCUCAUCUAUAGAAAUUUACUUUCUGCAGGAAUAAAUCUAUACAGACGAAACAUUGACUUGUUUAAUACGAAGUUGCAGUAUCAAUUUCUCUUUAAGGCAGCUAUAAACACAGAGCAACAGUUUUCUGCUGAUGAAAAAAUUGGUGCCAAUUCAACAGUGAAAAAUUGCUCUACUAAAGAGUGGAACAGUUCAGUGAGUAGCAAAUAACAUUAAUCUAUGGUCCUUUCAUUCCUGUGAAAUAAUAAAUCAUGACAAGAGGUUUAGAAUACCUGCUAUUACAACAGCAGACCCUCCAGUCCCCCUACUCUUAAUGAAACAUAUAUCACUCUAAUAGGUGAAAAAGUUGGUGAGGUAUAAAAUAAAAUGAGAGCAGAGUCAUUGUAUGGUUUCAACAACUCACAAUUGGAUAUUAAUAAAGUUAAUCAUAUAUACUGAUGUGCAUGCAGACAAUGGAGGAAAGUGGAGCGUUUAGUAAAAUUUCUACAAAUCAUACGGACUCCAAAGUAGUACAAUGAGAAAUUGCUUAUUGAAAUAUCAUAGUUUAAAUUUGAAAGGGUGAGGGUUAAGGUGGCAUCCUUAUUCCGUUGAAGUCCCCUUGAUAUUAAUGGAAGUUGCUUGAGUAAGGCCUAAGGAUGGUUUUAUUUGGCCCUUACUAAUUUCCAUUAAGUGAUAAAACAUGAGGAAUAGAAACUGCAAACGCAACGUUCUGAGGUAACGAAAAUGAAAAUGGUGUCACCAGGAAUGGAUAUUUUUUCAUUUCCAAAGUAGUGGAAUAAAAGGUAUAUUCACUGGUAUUUUGUAUUUAGAUGAUGUGCCAGUGUGUGUCUAUGCACGUAUGUGUGCAUUAAAGGCACAUAUAUAUAUUGUCUCUAUGUACAUAAUACAGAGACAUGCACACACAGAACUGUGCCCUCAUUUUUAGCUAUAGGUCUAUAUACAGGUUAAAGAAUGUAGAAAGUAAAUUUACAACUCCUUCUUCAUUAACCAUCCCUGUGUGUCAAUUAGGGCUAUGAGAACCAAUCACAAUGGGACCGCAAAACCAGGCCAGUUUGGUUUCUUUACUAACCCAAAACUUGACCAAAACAUUUGCUGAGGUUCACAAACACUGUCUCUUCCCAUAGGAGAUGGAGGAAGCUAUGGUUUUCACACAAAGCCAGACGAAACUCAGUAGGUUCUGAUGAAAGUAGUUUCCAGAUUCUCUCAAAGGAAAAUUCAACAGAUGAGAGCUACAUGAGUUGAAAUGUACAAGUAAGUUUGGCUGAAUCCCGUGCAAACUGAAACUGCCACAUUUUGCACAGUUCUCAAGGCAGUGCCUUUCCUUUGAACAGGGCGUCUGGUGAUACAAAUUUAGAACUUGUUUCCUUACUUAUUGGAGAUAUGGUUUAAGAAACUAUUUUCAUAAUUAUUUCAGUGAGCCAGAUUGCUUUUUUUUCAAUGUCUUCUGUCAUUUUUCAGGUUUCAGAGUAGCAGCCGUGUUAGUCUGUAUUCGCAAAAAGAAAAGGAGUACUUGUGGCACCUUAGAGACUAACAAAUUUAUUUGAGCAUAAGCUUUCGUGAGCUACAGCUCACUUCAUCGGAUGCAUUCAGAAGUGAGCUGUAGCUCACGAAAGCUUAUGCUCAAAUAAAUUUGUUAGUCUCUAAGGUGCCACAACUACUCCUUUUCUUUUUGUCAUUUUUCAGUUAUUUAAAUGUGGCCAAAGCAUUUUAACUGCAUAAAAAUAUU